AUGGCGGGUAUUGGAUUACCGAAAGUGUUAAAUUUGAAAAAAGGUUAAUUUUUAUUCAAAAAACUUUUUCGCAAUUAUGUUUUAAAAUUUUUGAUUAUUUUCACAAAAAAAUUCAGACUCGUUAGGGAGGAAGGGGCGGCUCGUGUGAAGGUAGCGCGUAAUUUUCGACGCCACGGGCAAUAAGAAAUUUGUGAGUUUUUUCCUAUAGAUCUCUUAUAACUAGUUCAUUUAGUUCAGAAAAAAAAAUAUUGAAUUUUUUUUCAGCUCAUUCGAACAAGACGUUGUGGUCAGCCGGAUAAAUUUGCAAUUUAUCAUGUCUCGAAAUUCACAGCUUUUAACUUCUCCUUUGUUUCAAUGAUUUUGUUUUUUUUUUAUUACGCAUUUAUUUCCUCCAUCUUUUAUUUGAAUAAAGAUGAUGAGCAUCAAUUUCUUGAGGAAUAAAUGUAAAAAAACAAGCGGCUUAGUUAAUCAAAAUCAAAACCUAAUAACAGAAACUGUUUUGUUGUCAAAUUUUUUUCUGAAAUGCAGAAGAAAAACAAUGAAUUUUUUUAUUAGAAAAAAAGUUCCAUAAAGAGAGAUCCAAGUUUCACGUGUAGUCUUUCGGCGUGUCCUUCGUAAACCGAUCGUCUAGGGCCUGAAAGAAGAAAAAAAUUUUUCCAAAAAAAGAAAGGCUGAUUGAACCUUGGUAUUAAUUUUUUUCGUGUAAAAACCGAACAGACAAGACAUAUUGAAAAUGAAAGAAAAAUAAUAUCGAAGAACAAGAAAAACUCACGAAUUUAUGCUUGACUGUAGAGACGAACAUUUUGCGUUACUUUCACACAAGCCGCCCGUCAUUCCCUGACGAAUCUGAAUUUUUUUGUGAACAAAAUCAAAAAAAUUGUAAAAAAAGAAAUUAGAAAAAUUUUUUUGAAUAAAAAAAUUAACCUUAUUCAAAGAUGAAACUCGGUAAUCGAAGACCCGCCAUAGUUUAGAGACCUGCAACUUCAAACACUCUGAUACAUCCGUUGGAAAAAUAAACACGAUAAAUACGAAAUUUGAGAAAAAAAUUGAACUUUUUUUCAAGUUCAAACAGUCGAAAAAAAUUAACUAAAGGUUUUCAUUCGUACUAUUUCUGAAAUUAAUAGCUUUGAACGGGUUGAAAAUUGAAAAAGAAAAGAAAAAAAUUAUGUAAAAAAGAAGAAAAGAAAAAAAAAAACUGUGUUGGAAUUUUGCCAACGAAUAUCGGCGCGCAUAAUUUCGGCUCGUGGCUGUAAACAGGAAAAACAAUUUCUCCGCGUGUAGUUUUAUUACUUUAAACGCGGCAUAACGUUUGAGCCUAUAUAAAGAUAACAAGAACUGGUUCUCCACCCCAUAAACGUUUGCGCAAAAAAAAAUUCUGAUUAAAAAUUACAUCUUGCAGCUAGAAAAAUAAACGUAGCGAUCUGAUAUGGUAUAGCAGCUGAUUUUUUAUGGCUUCCUUUUUUUAUGAAUUUUUGAGCCUCGAAAUUAGUUACGGAGAGUAGAAAAAGAACGCAUGGUGAGUAAUAAUAAAAUUUUUCCCUUCAUUGAAAAAUAAAGGACAUCAAAGUUGUCUCCCCGGAAACUUUUUAUCGUAAACGACAAAAACUUUUAAAACAAAGGAAGAUUUUUAAAUUUAAUUACCUUGUUGCACAUUUCUCUUCGUUUCGAAGCCUUUUGAGUUCGCGACGCCUGCGCGCAGCAGGCGCUUUCAAAAAAUUUUUUUUAUUAUAAAUAAAAUGGAAAUAAUCAUUUUCAUUUUAUUUGCAGUAAUUGAUCUGAAAUAGAUCGUUUAGGUGUUUUUUGAAGCCUACGUGUUUAGCCGUACAAAAGCAAAAAAUUUCUCUUUUAAAUCGAUCAAAAAAAUAUAAUAACCUUUUAUUUCGUUCUAGGGAAAAAAAAAGUUCUUCCGGAAGAACUUUUUUCUUUAUAUCAGGGUUGCCCUCUUUGUUUCAGAAUUUGGUCUUUGACACCCCGCUGGCACAAUCUCUUCGAGUUCUGUUCUACCUUGGUUCAGGAAUUCAAAAGCGACGAUAUGCGCGCCCAUCACACAACCCCACAGCAUUUAUUUUGUUUGCAUUCUCCACAUCGACACAGCCGCGUCGCGAAGAGGCCUCUGGCACAGCCGCGUCGCAAACGACUCGGCUGUCAGCGCUGGACGACGCGCCCCGCCUCUUUCGCCCUUCACUCGGCGUUUUGCUCGUUUCGCCAUCCCACGCCAGCGGCCAAACGGACGGUUUCCGUAUUUGCUGGCUCAAUAGGCCUAUUUCAAGUUCUAAGGAACAUAUAUUAUAAGAAAACCUUGAAAUAUUUGUCUUCAAAGUUUUUCCUGAGUUCAAUUCGAACUCCUCGCUCCAACGGUCCUUUCGAAAUAGAAUUUUUCUCCUCUCAAUAUAUCUGCUGCUCUGGUGCAACCAAAGCGUGAACACAGAGUUUUAUAGCUCUGGUCAGAUUUUGAACUCACUUGAGUUAUCCUGAUUCUCAGAUUUUAAAUCUGUUUUUUGAGUUCUACGUUUUUUCCGAUCGUGUAAGACUUGAGAUAGUUAUUUUUUUUUUUACGUUUUCGAGUUUGAAUUAUUUAUAUUCUUUAAUUACUUCCUUACAGUUCAAAAUGGUUGACCGCAAGGCCGUGAUCAAGAACGCCGAUAUGUCCGAGGACAUGCAACAGGACGCCAUCGAUUGCGCGACCCAAGCCCUUGAAAAGUGAGUUUUUCGGAAUGCAUGUCGUCUCUACCUAAAAUUUUACACUGUUUAAAUCUUCGGUUAAGUAUGAGAACGCAAUUACGCGAAUGAUGUAUUAAACCAGCUGCGUCAUGUGUAAGCUCGGAGGCACCGGCUAUUUCAGUUACACUAAAACGUAGGGCUGAUGACGGAGUUUCACAAAGUGUUGAUUUGACCACCGACCCUAUGUCUAUGUUAACUAUCGAGAAUAUUGGAAAAGUGAAGAAAUUUCAGGUACAACAUCGAGAAGGAUAUCGCCGCAUACAUCAAGAAGGAAUUCGAUAAGAAGUACAACCCUACGUGGCAUUGCAUCGUUGGCCGCAACUUUGGAAGGUAAACAGUUUUUUUCCUUUCUGGAGUCGAGUUCAUUUUCUCAGUUAGGUUGAAAUUUAAAAAAAAUAUUUGUUGUCUUUUCGUCGCACUCCGUAGUUAUUGAAGGUAAACUCAUCUACAAACUUUCAGAAUUAUGUAAAAAAAAUUUUGUUGAUUAUUAAUCAACCUUUUCAGCUAUGUGACACACGAGACGAAGCACUUCAUAUACUUCUAUUUGGGCCAGGUGGCUAUUCUUCUUUUCAAAUCCGGUUGA